AUGGCGUUCGACUGCUACUGCGCCAUCUGUGGCGUCGGGUUCUCGGGAAUGCACAUCGAGCACCCGUCUCAGACUGCGUUGGAAAGGCGGAGAAAGUGGAUUGCGAAGCGAGCGAGUGCGUUGCAGGCAGGCAAGGAUAUCAGCCAAUUAUCGCAGGAAGAAGACGAGGCUCCAAUCCGAAGUUACGAUCCGCGCAUCGUUGACUUUGGGAAUAUCGAAUGGCUCUACAAGGCACAUUGUCUAGCGGUGGACGAGAAGCCCAAUGGGAUGGGGAAGGCAUUUAUUUCCGGUCCUGGAUAUUAUGCUGAUAUGGGAGAAUUAGUUGUCAAGGCUGGACCUGGUUCUGAGAGACCUCUACAUCGGGACGUCUAUUCAUGCUACUCCUACGGAAACGAAGCUGCCUCUGGGCCCGCACUUCCCUUCCACUGGUGUUGUUUCGAGAUCCUAACCCGGAUGCUCACGGGGUCGACUGACACCUCGAAUCUGAACCUCGAUGUCCUUUACAACAUUAUGAGUGCACUGAGUAACGCCUCCUCAUCUGCACUACAUCUCAGCUACGGAGACGACAUCCGUCACGCUCAGGGCCGAUACUGGGAGUGUAUUCCCGGCGCCGAGGCAAGCAAUCAUAUCGCCAAUGUCGCAAUCGAUCCACGCUGA